AAAUCCGGCUCAAAUCCACUUACUUGAGAUGGGUUUGACAUAAUGGCUGAAGGACAAGCCGGGCCUGGACGCCACAGACGCGAGGUGGCUUGAGACGGGACAUACCAUUUGGGGAAAGAUUGAUGGGGCUCUUGCACAACAAGCACAAGCAAUGCCGUCCGUACUCAACGCGCCGUCGCUCAGUCGCGUCCCAGCACAUCUCUUUCUCUGGCUCAUACCUCUCGUCUUCGUCUCUGCUAUGUUCUCUCAGCUGGCCCAGCGCAUAGCCCACCGCACGAUCCGCGCCACGGUCACGCGCCACGGUAGCGCAGGAUCUAUCUCCGUGACGCGCCUGCAGGUCCCGACGCAUUCGUUCAUAUCGUCCUCGUCUUCGCUCUUGGCCGCCGAGUCGUCCGAACGUAAAGCGGAACCUGUGAAACAAAGGAGAGAACCCAAGGCAGCCGCAAAGCCGUCAAAGCCGAAGAAAAGCAUGGACCGCCCACCCAAGAGAGCUAAGCCACCCAUUGUCAAACCACUGACCGAGGAAGACAUGCCGCCUAAACAGCCCUCCAAGCCUUACAUCUUAUUCUAUAUAGAAUAUUAUCGGACCGAGCCGAAGGCCCCCGCUCUUGCUGCGCAGCAACAGGUGAGCAAUGCUGCCGCAAAGGCGUGGAAGGCUAUGGACGAUGCUGGACGUCAGGUGUACCAUGAUCGCCAUGCCGAGCUGCGGGUAGAGUACAGCAAACGCCUUCAGGAGUACUUCGACAAGACCGACAGGGAGACCCUCAAAAGAGUGACGCUUGAGCUGAAGGCCAGUCAUCGUUCCGUUCCGAGGGACGUGAACCGUCCAUUGCGGCCCGGAUCCUCUUGGGUGGUGUUCCUCCAGGAGCAGACCAAGACUAUUGGUCCCGCACCCCCGGGCAUGCGCCCUGUUGAGCUCAACAGCAAGAUAUUGUCAGAGAGAUGGCGUGCGCUGACUCCGGAGGAGCGAGCCCCUUAUGACGAGCGCUUUAAGCAGCUGUCGGAAGAAUACUAUUCAAAGACCAACAGGUCGCCCCCGAUCAGAGCGGCAACCCGGAUCGCUUCCGAGUAAAGGUGACGACCGUUACUAGUUGGCUUAUCAACGGGG